GCUGCAGAGAGGUAUUUGGGUGUGUGAGACGUGACAUCAGAAGAGUUACAGGGUGUGUUGUGGUGGUGUCCCAUCCUUUCAGGUUGUUGGCCUGAGGUAGGACUAAAUAGAUUUACAUAGUGGAGUAUUUUAAAAAUAUUUUUAUUUUUUAGUGAGUGUAGUGUUACAUGGUAGGGUAUUUGUAUAUAGAUUGUUUUCAAGCAAAGGAGAAGCGAGUUGUAAUCCAGUCUAGUAGGUGGCGGUAAUGCAACAUGUAUUGGAUACUAACCGCCUUUAAACCUCAGCGAAGAAGAAGAAUUCGAAACGCCUUUUUACCUCUUUCUGUUUGGUUCUGCGGGUUUCUGUAGUUGUGGUCCAUGCAUAUCUGCGUCCAUGUGUUAACUUGAGUUUUGCAACAAAUAGCUAGUGAGUUAUUACCGUUGUCAUACAGUAAAUAUACAUAAUCAUCAAAUACAGCUACAUGUUAAGUUGUCAACUUGGGAAAGUGCGCCGCAGAUAAGGACUGAGAAGUGCCCUAUGCUGAUCACUGCUCGGCUACUCCCCCUCUUAACUGUACCCUUCACCCACCAGAGGAUUCUAAGGACAGUUGGCAGUGUUGCCUACAGGGGACUGAGAACCAUGGAGCCCCUCAGGGCCCCUCAGGAUCCACAAGUUAACACCACCCUGUCUGGGGUAGACACCAAGCCUCAGCCCCCUACUUCUGGAGCCCCAAUGGAGGGCUUGAACCCAAGUCCAGCUGCCUCAACACCUGACCAGGAGAUGCCCCCGACAACGGGGUUGUUGCCAGAGGAGACAGUUGUCAGGGAGGGCAAGGCAGCCAUAUUGUUUCCCAGUGCCAACGAGGUGUUUUACAACCCUGUGCAGGAGUUCAACAGAGAUCUGACGUGUGCGGUGGUUACAGAGUUUGCCCGGGAGCAGAUGGCCCGGAGGGGGGUGAAGGUGGUAGUGCCAGGGGAGAAGGAGAGGGUGGUGGUCAAUCUAGCUGACGAGAAGAAAGAGGAGACAGAGAUGCAGACAGGGGAGGAAGGAGGAGAGGAGCCAGUCGUAACUGCUUCAGUGGGGGAGUGCUGUAAGAAUGGUCUGCGUGUGUUGGAGGGUCUGGCAGCGUCUGGCCUACGCUCUGUGAGGUUUGCUCUGGAGGUGCCUGGUCUACGUAGCGUCACGGCUAACGACUUCUCAGCCAAGGCUGCUGCCCUCAUCGCCCGCAAUGCCCAGCACAACGGAGUCACACACCUACUGCAGGCCAGCCAGAGAGAUGCCAGCAUGCUGAUGUAUGAGAUGCGAGGGAAGAAGGACCGCUAUGAUGUCAUAGACCUGGACCCCUACGGAAGCCCCGCCCCUUUCCUGGAUGCCGCCGUCCAGGCUGUCGGUGAAGGAGGUCUGUUGUGUGUGACGUGUACUGACAUGGCUGUGAUGGCUGGUAACAGUGGGGAGACCUGCUACAGCAAAUACGGCUCUGUCUCCAUCAAAGCCAAGUACUGUCAUGAGAUGGCUCUGCGUAUCAUCCUACACAGUCUGGACCAGAGAGCUGGUGUGUACCAACGGUACAUCCACCCCCUGCUCUGUGUCAGUGUGGACUUCUACAUACGAGUGUUUGUCAGGGUACACACUGGACAGGCCAUGGUCAAAAACUCAGCAAGUAAACAAGCGUUGGUGUAUAACUGUGUUGGCUGUGGCUCGUUCCACUUACAACGACUGGGCAAGAGGACGACUCAGGGAAACCAUAUAAAGUACUCUGCAGCCACUGGACCGCCGGUCGGAGCAGAGUGUGAACACUGUGGACACAGACACCAGCUGGGUGGUCCUAUCUGGGGUGAGGCCCUCCAUGACGUGAGCUUCGUUCAGAAGGUUCUAUCUGCCGUCUCUGGGAACCCGUCCCGCUUUGGAACCGCCCGCCGCAUAGAGGGCAUGCUCAGCAUGGUCACAGAGGAGCUGGAGGAUGUGCCUCUAUACUACACAGUGGACAACCUGAGCAGCACUGUACACUGCAGCACUCCCCCUCUGCUCCAAUUCAGGUCGGCUCUGCUUCAUGCAGGCCACAGGGUGUCCUUGUCUCAUGCCUGUAAGAAUGCUCUAAAGACGGACGCUCCUCCCAGGGUCCUCUGGGACGUCAUGCGAUGCUGGGAAAAGUCCAAUCCUGUGAAGAGAGACAGACUGUCAGAGAGCAGCCCUGCUCACCACAUCCUCAAUACUGAACCCAUUCUACAGGCGUGUUUUGAUGUGAGGGAGGAUGCCAAUCCCCAGUCUCGCCGUCGCCACCUCACCCGCUUCCAGGAGAACCCUGAGCCUUUCUGGGGGCCCAAGGCCCGCGCCAAUGCUGGUGGUGGAGGUAUCUCAUCAGACCUGGAGGACAGGAGGAAACAGGGUCAAAACAAGAGGAAGAACCAGAUCACAGACGCCACCCAGCUUAAGAGCUUCCCCUGCAAGAGGUUCAGGAAGGGUAAAUGCACACACGGUGAAAAAUGCUGUUACUCCCAUGACCUGGAACAGACUGACCAGAUGGAGUGAUGGUGGAGCGAGUCUCCUCUCUUCCCUCCCACUUGGUAUCCUCAUGUCCAGCUCAGCAGAAUCUGUCCACUAAGGUAUACUGGACACAAUCAUGACGAAACUCCAGGCCCCAGACAUAACUAACUUUGAACUCCGGGGUGACGUUUCCCCCUUGGUACAGAUCUAGGAUCAGCUUCCCCUCCCCAAUCCUCUACAUUACCAUUAGUGGGGAGAAUGCAAAACUGACCCAGUAUCAGCAUCUAUGGGCAACUUCAUUAUGGGAUGUCUAGUUAGCCCUGUAUUGGAAAUACACAUACUGGCUUCAUACUGAAGUGAAGCAUCAAUUCUGUUUUAUUUAUGACUGUUGUGACAGUCUAAUAAAAGUCUUCAUGACAA